AUUUCAUGUGGUUUCAACCAAGGAGAGGAGCUGACCCGGUAUAUACCGCCAAAAUCCCAGCCUGGUUCCCUCCAUUUUUGUGAUUGAGCUGGGACGGAUAUGUACAGGGAACGCCGGACGUAAACAUCCAUCUCGAAUUUGUUUGUUGACAAAUGCAAAUAAGGGCGGUAAUUAUAUACGUCACCCAAAACUUCGCCAAUCAUAAUACGGUACUGGGAUUCUAAAUGUGAUUACAUCAUCAUUGUCUUGUACUUGCGCCGCAUGCCUUAACCACAUGAUUCCGUUCCAUUCAGGAGCUACCGCUACGUUUACUAGUAAAUUAACACAUAAUAGAUACAUACAACAACGCGCGAAACGAGUAACGUUGGUACCGGGAGCUGUUUCGUUCUUUUCGAAUUCUUCCUAGCUUUCAAUUUGAGUUAAAAAGUUAAAAAAAAGCAAUAAACAGGCACCUUAUAAAACUUGAAAUUUAUUAUUCGUCAUGUUAAAAGACAGUGGUUGUGGCGCUGGUACGCCGACAACGCCCGUGGACAUAUCAAAUAGCGAAAUGGAACAGAGCCAGAGUGAAGGGAACGGCAGCCCAGUCGGCUCACCAGAACUUGAUACGAGCAUGAGCCUUGCUAGUAGUAGCUGCUGCAGUGGAAGCAGUUCAGACAUUGCUUCUGAUUCAAGUCUUCAUUUUAAUGACCUACCAGUACAUCCUGUCAACAGAAUAUCGCAGGUACCGGUCCAAACUAUUCUAGAAGUGUCAGAGAUGAUAUCAUCAACAGACAGUAUGGGGUCCAAAGUUACAUUGUAUAAAAUCAGCAUUGAGUCCAAUGAUAUUUGCUUCCAUCUACCAUCAUCAUGUGUGUGGAGAACAUACUCAGAGUUUGUAUGGCUGAGGAAAAGAUUGGAAUUAGGAUGUUCAUUUAUAAGAAAGGCUGUACCAGAGCUUCCAUCCAGGACGUUACUAAACUUGUUUGAUAAAGAUUUUGCAGAAAAAAGAAAAAUUGGCCUUGAGGAUUUCCUCAACAAAGUCUUAAUGGAAAGGUCAUUCUUAUCAGAUGCAGCUGUUCACCUCUUUCUUCAGUCCAACCUCUCGACAGAUGAGAUACAAGCAUGGUUAGACAGGAAGGCAGAUGGGACUAUUCUUGAGUUAAUACAUCGGGGAAAAGACAUUGUGAUGCAAGACUAUGAUGCUCCAACACCCCAAGAAGUAUGAGAGAAGUCACAUUUUGGUCUAAUUGAUCGGAUAAAUCUUGUUUACCAUACCUUCCGCUGCUUGUGGUAUAGACAGGAAGGAAGAAGUGCUGACCACAGACCAAAUAGUCCGGAUGAUUAUUUGGUAAUGCAAGAGAAUUGACUCUGUCAACUACCUAUUUGGACAAUUACAAGUAAAUGCUGUAGUAAAGUAACAAGUGUUUUGCCUUCUGCUGCUUGUGAUAGAGGCAAGGAGGUUGUGUACUAUUCUUACACCAAAAACCCCGUACACAAGCUCAAGAAAAGUGACUUCUCCAGACUAUUCCUGAUUGGACACACAGCUUGUACUCUGCAUUCUAAUCCUUGUGGUACAGAUGUAAAGGCCAUUGUGUAGGUUUGCAGGUUGUUAUUUCUGCUGUCUUGCCUAUGGAGGCUAUGGUCCUGUCUCCAUGAGUAGGAGCAAUUGAAUAUCAGUAGCAGAGAUGCAAUCUUGAGCUCUGUACAUGUACAUGUGAAAUAAUGAGGAAGUGGAUGUGCUGCACUAUAUUUUGAAGAUUGACUAAAUAUUUUAUCAUAGAUGUUCAUGGAUACAUGUACAUGUGCUUAUGACUGGAAUACAGACAUAUUGCCAGUUUUUACCAGUAUUGUACUUGUAGCGGCAUUCAGAGUUUUAUUACCGGUAUGUGAAACCAUAUUGGAAACAAACAUCAUGAUAAAACAGUUGUAAGGAGUACAUAUGAUUUGUGAAUGAUUCUAUACCUGCACAUGUAAUUAUUGUAAUCAUUACGUGUGCAAUGUACUGGUAAUGUUGAUUUUCUACUGACAGUGAUUAAUUCUCACAAAGCAGUUAUUUAAAUAUUAAACAAAUUUACCCUAAAAUUGCUCAUGCUCAUAAAAUUGUUUAGUGCCAUAUUUAUAUAUUAAAACAUGAUGAUGAAAAUGACUGAACAAAAUUAAAUCUGGAAAAAUACCAUUUACUCUGACAGGGAAAUUUGUUUUCAGCCAUCUUGACUUCGAAGAAGAUCUUUUAACACUUGGCACAUUCAUAUGAAAAAAAAUCUUGUGUCUUUGGGAAUCAUGAUUUAUUUAGAAUUUUUCAUCUUUCCCCAUUGAGUAUAUUUAGAAAUUACUUGUACAUUUACAAGUGAGGCCCUCAGGCCCAUAACAGGAAGUCGUUGAGUUGUAUAUGUACUUAUACUAAUCGAUGAACAAGGGCAUUAGGAAUCUGUAUCGGUUUCAAUAUUUCUUCAGAGUAUUUUGAGUAAAUCAGGGACUCAGUUUUUUAGGGGAGUGAGAGCGAUCACUCGCUACCGCUCACCUUAAUCCAUUUCAGGUAGAGCAAUUUAUCGCUCGCCUAUAUAUAAAGCGAAAUUGAUUUUUUUUUGUUUACAUAAAAUGAUAAAUGCAGAAAAAACUAGAAAUCAAGCAACAUCAUACACUUUUGUAUUGUUUGUACAACACUUCCAUGUAUAUAUCUCUAUUCUGACAUCACUUAAUCUGAAUUUAGAAUAAGUGUCAGUCAAUGAUCAAACUAUUAUUUGAAAACCCCAUUCUCAGUCAAGGUUUUAUAAAUAACACACAAUUACAUUAAACAAUAACACACAUUUAAAAUGAGAUAAAUAUAUUCAGGGCAUCUAAUUUUGGGUCCUUUGGUUGUUGGUUGUAACUAAGUGUACAUUCCUCCAUCCAUUUUGUAAUCAGACCAAAAAAAGCUCCCUUUGUAUACGUCAAAGAAGAGCUUUUUGCAGUGCUCCCCUACCACUCCCCUUGGGAGAGCUUUUUAUUGCUCCCCAAAUAAUUAUAAAACUGAGUCCCUGGUACAUGUAAAUGGAAUUUCUUCUAUUUUAAAGAUAUAUUUGAUAAAUUAACUUGGGAUCAUUUACUAGUUAUAGGUCAGAUGCAUAAAAAGUAGCAAUUGCUGGAAAGCACAAGCAAUUGCUCGUGAAGCAAAAGAUCAUGCCUUAGCAAUUACUUAUUUUGUAGGCGUAACCCUUUGCUUGUGCUUAAACCCUUUUCUUGCUUUCAGAAAGCAAUUGCUAACGGUUUGAACUUUGAACAAUAGCGACGUCACGCUGGUGCAAACACGACUCACAGAACAAAAGUGGGACUCGAACGCAAAAGUGUGGUAGUGCAAAAUACUGUUUCUCUCCUGUCUGCCUGUUACAUCUUUCCUCAGACGUGGUGUCAAACUUUUCUUGUUUCUAAUUAAUAAAUUUAUAUAGUUGGCAUUCGGUUUGCCCUAACAAGGAAGAAAACAUGUACAUGUAGGCUUCUGUACACCUUUGGGUUCUCAGUUACAUAAACAUGAUUAUAAGAUGCGAACAGGCUGAUCAAGCAAACGCUCAAGCUGCUCUGAAGGAGCUUGAGAAAACCCAAGCAAAUGCUUAAACACACAAGCUGUACACCUUUGGGUUCUCUCUCAGUUACAUGUACAUAAACAUGAUUAUAAGAUGCGAACGGACUGAUCUAGCAAACGCUCAAGCUACUCUGAAGGAGCUUGAGAAAACCCAAGCAAAUGCUUAAAUGCACAAGCAAAAUGUUUGUUUUAUGCAUACGCUUUUUAGCAAUAGCUUAAUCGUGAAGCAAAUGCUUGUAGGCAUUAGCACUUGCUUGAGCUUACUAGCAAAUAUUUUGCUCGCUCAUUUUUAUGCAUACGGAAUCAAGCAAAUGCCAAGCAAAAGCCUAACAAAAGCAAUUGCAACUUUUUAUGCAUCUGACCCAUUGGGUAACAUAUAAAUGGAUGGAUGGAUCUAUUUUCUUUUUCCUCAUUUGUUUUAGGGGCAGUUUAUUAUUUUAAAAGUGACAGCAAUGAUUUUAGCCUUAAAUGUAUAUAAGAGUUUUAUUUAAUAUAUAUUGCACAUAGUUCAUCAGUAUAAACAGUCUGCGGUAAAACAAAGUGAAGUGCAUUUUAAAAAAUAGUAACCGUACGUACUGUACAUGUAUGAUUUGGUAUUUUUUAAGUAAUCAGUCUCAAAACUCUGCACCUGUACAUGGUAAUUGUGCUAUAUAUUGCAGCUGGAGAUACAUGUACUUUAUUAACUUUGAGUUAUCACCAUUCAAGUAUACUAAUAUUCAAGUACAUGUAGCAAAUAGAUGAUUGUGAUGGUAUAAGAUUUGCACGAGGUAAAAAAGUGAUACAUAUUCAACAAGGUAAAGCCUUCAUGCAGUUGAAUUGAAUGUCUCCUUUUCACUGAUUUUUGUUAAUGUACAACAGGAGUUUGAGAAAUUCAAUUACAAUCAGGACAAUUGUCUUGAUUGUCCUGAUUUAUAAAUGAAUUGUGUGGAAACCAUUUUAAAAAUGAAGAUAGGAUUUCUGACCUACUAGUAAUUGAAAAUUGCUGGUACAUGUAGGGUGUAUCUUUUGAGAGUGCCUCUUGUACAUGUAAUCUGUGUUUAUUUUGCAAGCAAAUGUGAAAGCAAAGAGUGGCAUUACAAAGAUACCCAACACCUACUGUGAUUUGAAGGAAAUUUAACAAAAGCACAUAUCAAACGUGCAAAGCAUAAAUAUACACGCAUGUUGUGACAUCACACCACAUUGCAAUAUCUGCUAUAUUUUGGUUGGGACAUGUAUGCAUGCUUGUCAUGUUACAAUUGUUGAAGCCCCAUAUACUCAUUGAGUACUAAUACUGUACAGUAUGAUAUUGCAUGCUCAAUGUUAUCAUAUUCAUGUACCGGUAUACCUUAAAGAUUAUUGUUGUUUUUCAAUGAAACAUUUGAUUGGCUAAGUACAAAAUUAUAAUUUUGCAUGUUCUUUUCUAGGUUAAUUAUUUAAUAAAUGGUGCUUCAUUUUGCUGCAUUAUCUUAAAUGUACUCCUUUUGAACAUAUCAUUGUGUACAAUGUACUUUGCAUGCAGGAUCCUGUGCUUUAAUGACUUUUUUUCCUCCUACAGUUUAAUAGUGAAAGUACCAAAGAUACCACAUAUUCAUGUACAGUGUACAUCAAUUGGACAUAGAGAUCAAUCAUUAUUCAGGAAAAAUACUCAGUUGCCUUCAUGUCAAAUGUAAACAAUUAUCAUGUAAGAGUAGUUGUAAUACAUGUACAUAUAGCUACUGUAUAUUCACAAGAAAAAGUAUAAAAGCAGGAUCUUAAAAAAGUAUUUUUUUUAAAUUACUAAUUCCACGUCCUUGCGAAUCUCCUAAUUGUUUCUAUGAAUCAAAGUUUGUGGACUGUGACACAUUGGGAUAUGUAUAACACUGGCCUACUUUGCAAAUGGGUAUUUUCCAAUAGUCAAGUGAGUGAUUGUGUAGCAUUCUUCAAAUAGAAAAUGAAAACAAAGGUUUACUGUUUGGUAUAGGCAUAGGUUUUUUGCUAUUGAACUUUGAGCUAUCCUACCAUUCUAUACCAAUUAUUAUGAAAAAAAGCUCCGUGAUCAUGUUUUCUUGCCAUGCUUAGAAUUGAAGUGGGGAUGCUCUAUGUAAAUCAUUAACUUUUUGGAAAAUAGCCCAUAAUUGACAAGUAAAAAUGGCUUACACAUGUACCACAAAUCCGGGUGGGGGGUGGCAUGGAAUUCUUUUUUAUUGAACAUAAUUUUAUUAGUAGAUCAUCCAGGAUGCCAGGCCCUCCUGGAUUGGUAAUGCAAAUGAGGAAACAAAGCAUUCUACUUUUCAAAUGAAAAUUGUUUCACCCAACAUCUUCUUACCAUGGGGCUUGCUUUUUUGCUCUAUUAUUUCAUAAAUGAAUAUAUAUUUUCGACCAAUGAACAUGGUUUCAAAGAAAAGUCGGUUGGUUGACUCGAAUGUUUUAUUGAAAAGUAAAGGAAUGCCACAUUUUUAAUGGAAUAAGAAUAGGGUUUGAAGUUCAAGUAGAGUGAAGAAAUUAUCACUUAAUGUAUUUUUUUCAUCAAGGAAUGUUAUGUACUACAUGAUUCUAUUAUCAAGAAUGCAAAUUCAAUUUACAUGAUCCGUAUUUGGGUUACUAGCAUUGAAAUAGCAUAAUUUUGUUCUUGAUUAUGAUUCUACUUUUUAAAUGGAAAGAAAUUACAUUGCAGAUUUUGCUUAGUUUCCUUGCUUUAUCCAGAAUGAGGAAGUAUUGUUUAUAAGUCGGAAGUAAAAUGAAAAGGGACAAGUCAUAUUUAAACAAAUUUUAAAAAAUGUGGAGUAUCUUUGAUUGUUAUGCAGGCAUACAUUGUAUCUUUGUGUUCAGGGAUUAAUAUAUGCAUUUAGAAAUGUUUAUUAUGAGCCAGUAUCAUUUGAGUGCCAAAAUAUUGUGCCAUUGAAUUUAACCUCAAAUACUUGUGAUCAUGCAAUACUCCUAGAUCAUAUAAAUGUAAGGUACAGAACCCUGUUUUAUACAAAGUUACAACUUAAAGAUUAAUCCGUUUUUUAAUAGAUAUUGGAGGGAAAAACAUGAUGUUGAGUUCAAUGUUACAAUCUGUUGCAAUAGAACCCAAGUCUUCAUAAGAUGGGGCCCAGUGUGUCUAAUAUGCAAAUCUUGUAAUGUUUAUUAUCUGACAUACUCUUCUUUUGAUUAAGAUUGUUAGGACAUAGAAUUAUAUUAAAAAAGACUCUAGUCUAAAAUGCCAAUUCUGUGUUCUUCAGUGAAAUUUACAAAAGAUAUGACAAAGAGAUGGUAAAUAAUUAAAUGUCAUUGUAAUAACAUGUUUAUACUGAUAAGGCUUGGCAAACACAUGCUGAACACUGCAAACAUAAUUAAUCAGUGGGUAGAUUUUUCACUUAUAUUUUAUUUGCAUUUUGCUUUGAUUUAUCAGGAUUUUUACUGUACUUCUCAGUACCGGUAGGCCUACUGCUUAAUCUCACAAGAAUUACAAAGAAGCUUUAUUUGAUAUUUUCUAUUCAUCUCCUUACUUGAGGAAGGUGUAGUAAAGAUGUAUACAUACCGGUAAUAUUAAAUUUUAUGCUUUUUAGAAAGGA